AUGGUAAAUAAAUACACAGCAUGUGCUGGAAAGUGCAACGUGAGAUGCUCAAAGACAAAAGACUUUGAAGAUUGCCUCAAGUAUUGCAACAUAUGUUGCGAGAAGUGUAAUUAUUGUGUUCCAUCAGGUACUUUUGGAAACAUAGACGAAUGCUCUUGCUACCGCGAUUUGAAAAACUCCAAAGGCGAAUCAAAGUGUCCUUGA